GAUACGACCCCAUAGUGAGAGUAAUAGGAUUACACCAAAACACAGCUAAAACAAGUUAGCGAAACUGGGUGUGCUGCAUUGGGCUGAAUCAGAUUGAUAUUGAUUGCUAGCUAAUCGGGCAGAAAGAUCAAGAACAGGUAGCCAGCAUUACUAUCAUUGAAAUGAUACCUGGUGGUUGCAAAGACCUGUCUCGCAAUAUCAGCCGAGUGAAGACGUUUAACUAGCCAAGCUAGCUGGCUAAAUCUAAAUUCCAGUGCCAGGGGAUAGCGGUUCGCGUCUUCCCCGAUGGAUCAGUAUGGAGGCGGUGCGUCGCUUCAGAUCAUCAAUACGCUGUCAACGCGCAGAGAAUGAAAGUUUUUGCAGCUAGAGAGGAGUAUACCUAAAAUUCAAUGUAAACAUUCCAGCACCUUGUCCUUGAUGCUGAACUCGGGGCGUCGUUUCAGCUUUAAUUUUCCACAAGAAUCCAAUAACCUUUAAGGAUAAUAGUGUCAGCUAUAGGGAAAAUCGAAUUUGGUAACAACUAGCUGACGUUUGUUAGAUUUUGUAGUCAAGCCAUCGUCGUUGCGUGCGUGGGUAGCUAGCUAACUGGCUAGCCACAACGGACAUCCAUGAUAGGUAGCUAGUACUAGCUAACGUCAGCUAUACAGCGGGGUAUUUUCAAGGAUUUUGGCUAACAUUUAGCUAGCUUUCACUGUAGGUGUGAUUAUUUGCAUUUUCUUGUUUAGCUAUGUUAGCGAAGUGUAAAGUGUGUAACGUCAGUUGCGAAAACAUGCAGCGUUGCAAAAAUGAAGGCGAAAUGGGAAUGCAACAUUCAAGACAAUAUUGGAUCUCCGUUUCUUUGCCGCUGCUAGAGUAACGGUUGUUUGUUCUGGUUAUGGCAAGUUAAAGUAGUCAGCGAUAUAGUCCUGAAGAUUACGUAGUUUACCAACUAGUUAUAUAGAUAGAUUACGUUAGCAAGAUAAUUGCUUAAGAUUUUUCCUUGGACUAACGCUUGUAAAACCCUUUUCCCACCGUUACGCAGUGAAGCGGGGAUAGACGGCAAGAUAGCUGGUUAGUCAUCUGAACUAGCCUGCUUAAUGAUAUUACAUUCUAGCAAGUCAACCCUUAGACUACCCGGCUAAGUUACUAGGUAAGACAAUAAACAACUUAAAGCCAGCUUGCUAACCACUUAGCUACUGAGGACAUUGCGAGUACAUCAGAACUCUUUCAGAAUUGCCUAGCUGCCACUCCUCAACUAAACUGGAUACAUACAACUACAACUUAAUUUUGUUUCGCUAGCUAUCUUAACUAUCAACAGACUGUCUGUAGUUUAGCUAACGUAUGCUAGCUGUUGAAGUUUGCAGUGAAAUGUCUGAAAACGCCCCUACGCGAAGCUUGGAUGAUAUAGACCUCGCAGCCCUGCGGGACCCAGCUGGGAUCUUUGAGCUGGUGGAGGUUGUGGGGAAUGGAACCUAUGGACAAGUUUACAAGGGCCGCCAUGUUAAGACCGGCCAGCUCGCUGCCAUCAAGGUUAUGGAUGUCACCGAGGAGGAGGAGGAGGAGAUCAAGGCAGAGAUCAACAUGCUGAAGAAGUACAGCCAUCACCGUAACAUCGCCACCUACUAUGGGGCCUUCGUCAAGAAGAGCCCGCCGGGACACGACGACCAGCUCUGGCUGGUGAUGGAGUUCUGUGGGGCUGGCUCAGUCACAGACCUGGUGAAGAACACCAAGGGGAACUCUCUCAAGGAGGACUGGAUUGCCUACAUCUGCAGGGAGAUUCUGAGGGGUCUCUCUCACCUCCAUGCCCACAAGGUGAUCCACAGAGACAUUAAGGGUCAGAAUGUGCUGCUGACUGAGAAUGCGGAGGUCAAACUAGUGGACUUCGGGGUGAGCGCCCAGCUGGACAGAACCGUGGGUCGCAGGAACACCUUCAUCGGCACCCCGUACUGGAUGGCUCCCGAGGUCAUAGCCUGUGAUGAGAACCCGGACUCCACCUACGACUUCAGGAGUGAUAUCUGGUCUCUGGGGAUCACAGCAAUAGAGAUGGCGGAGGGAGCUCCACCGUUGUGUGACAUGCACCCUAUGAGAGCCCUUUUCCUCAUUCCUCGGAACCCCCCUCCUAAACUCAAAUCCAAGAAGUGGUCGAAGAAGUUCAUAGACUUCAUAGAGGGGUGUCUGGUGAAGACGUACCCCAGCCGGCCCUCCACCGAGCAGCUCCUGAAGCACUCCUUCAUCCGGGACCAGCCCACCGAGAGGCAGGUCCGCAUCCAGCUCAAGGACCACAUCGACCGCACCCGCAAGAAGAGAGGGGAGAAGGAGGAGACCGAGUAUGAGUACAGCGGCAGUGAGGAGGAGGACGAAAACCGAGGGGACGAGAGGGAGUCCAGCUCCAUCCUGAACGUGCCGGGCGAGUCGACGCUGAGGCGGGACUUCCUGCGGCUGCAGCAGGAGAAUAAGGAGCGCUCGGAGGCCCUGCGGAGGCAGCAGGCCCAGCUCGCCGCCCAGCGCCGGGACCCCGAGGAGCACAAGAGGCAGCUGCUGCACGACCGGCAGAAGCGCAUCGAGGAGCAGAAAGAGCAGCGCCGCCGCCUGGAGGAGCAACAGAGAAAGGAGCGCGAGAUGGUGAGACAGCAAGACAAGGGCCCUCACCGCAGACUGGAUGAGCUGAGGAGGGAGGAAGACCGGAGGAUGGCCGAGAGGGAACAGGAGUUCAUAAGGCAUAAGUUAGAGGAGGAACAACGGCAGUUAGAGAUUCUGCAGCAGCAGCUACUUCAGGAACAGGCUCUGCUCAUGGAGUACAAGCGCAAGCAGCUGGAGGAGCAGCGGCAGUCGGAGCGGCUGCAGAGGCAGCUCCAGCAGGAGCAUGCAUACCUGGUGUCCCUGCAGCAGCAGCAGCAGCAGCAACAGCAGCAGCAGCAACAACAGCAGCAGCAGCAGCAAGACAAGAAGGCCCAGCUCUACCACUACGGCAAGAACCUGGAGCCCAACAACAAGCCGGCCUGGGCCCGAGAGGUGGAUGAGCGCAGUAAGUUGAGCAGACAGGGCUCCCCCAAGAUCUGCACCACAGUCUCAGACACUGCCAUCCAGUCGAGAUCUGAUUCUAUCUGCCAAUCGGGCGUCGGACAGGCCGCCCAGACCCCGCCCAUGCAGCGUCCUGUGGAGCCACAGGGUGGGCAGGGCAAGUUCCAGAUGGCCCACCUGGUCCCCCUGAAGCCCUACGCCGCCCCUGUGCCCCGCUCCCAGUCUCUGUGUGACCAGCCCACGAAAAACAUGUCUGCCUUCCCCACCCAGGACCCCACCCCCACCCCCCGCUCCUUCCCCUCCAGGGAGCUCGUCCGCCAGAACUCCGACCCCACCUCCGAGAGCCCUGCCCCCCAGGUCUGGCCAAUCAAGGAUGACCGCGGGCCUUGGAUCCGCUUGCAGGAACUGGAGCAGCCGCCUAAGGUGCCCCAGAGGACAACCUCCAUUGCUACAGCGCUGAACACCAACCUCUCAUCUGGCAUCAGGCACCCAGUGAGAGCCAGUAAUCCAGACCUGAGCCGCAAUGACCGCUGGGAGAGGGGAGACAGCAUAAGUGUGGUGUCCAACCUGCCCCAGACCGGCUCCCUGGAGAGGCAUCGGAUAUUGAGCUCCUCAAAAAUGGAGUCACCCCCCAUUCUGCACCAGGAGGGGCGCCACAAGAUCGGGGAGUCCCGCACCUCGUCCCGCCCGAGCCGUCCCGCGAGUUAUAAGAGAGCUAUAGGAGAGGACCAUGGCCUGUACGCAAAGGAGCGACCGGAGGAGCCCCCAAGACCCCCUGCUAAGGCCAACGACUACUCAUCCUCCUCAGACAGCAGCGAGAGCAGCGAGGAGAGCGAGAGCGGAGAGGGAGCCGAGGAGGACCAGAGCCCCAGCGACCGUCCUCGGGAAGCAGACGCCGACUCCGUGAACACCAUGGUGGUCCAUGAGGAGGAGGGCGAAGGCGGGGAGGACCAGCAGGCAGGAGGAUAUGGGGACCAGACCAUGCUGGUGCAGAGGACCCCAGAGAAGCGCAGUCACAAUAGUUACACAAAUCUGCCGGACGUGGUCCAGCCCUCCCACUCCCCCACCGACACCAGCUCCUCCCCUGGAAAGGACGCUGCCUGUGACUAUCAGUCCAGGGGAUUGGUCAAAGCUUCAGGCAAGUCCUCCUUCACCACCUUUGUUGAUCUCGGGAUGUACCAGUCCCCCGGUGGGCCAGGGGAGAACAUUUCUGCCGCAGGCCUGGGCUCCAGGUUCGAGCAGCUAAAGCUGGAGGUGAGGAAGGGCUCGAUGGUGAACGUCAACCCGACCAACACUCGCCCCCACAGCGACACCCCGGAGAUCCGCAAGUACAAGAAGAGGUUCAACUCGGAGAUCCUGUGCGCCGCCCUGUGGGGGGUGAAUCUCCUGGUGGGUACCGAAAACGGGCUGAAGUUGCUGGACCGCAGUGGUCAGGGGAAGGUCUAUCCCCUUAUCAACUCUCGCAGGUUCCAACAGAUGGAUGUUUUGGAAGGCCUCAACCUGCUUAUCACCAUAUCAGGUAAAAAGAACAAGGUGCGGGUGUACUACCUGGCCUGGCUUCGGAACAAGAUUCUGCACAACGACCCUGAGGUGGAGAAGAAGCAGGGCUGGACCACCGUGGGAGAGAUGGAGGGCUGUGUGCACUACAAAGUGGUGAAGUAUGAGAGGAUCAAGUUCCUGGUGAUUGCUCUGAAGAAUGCAGUGGAGGUGUAUGCCUGGGCUCCCAAGCCUUACCACAAGUUCAUGGCUUUCAAGUCCUUCGGUGACCUGCCGCACAGGCCUCAGCUUGUCGACCUGACAGUGGAGGAGGGUCAGAGGUUAAAGGUUAUUUAUGGGUCCAGCGCCGGCUUUCAUGCCAUCGAUGUGGACUCGGGAAACAACUAUGACAUCUACAUCCCAGUUCAUAUCCAGAGUCAGAUCAUGCCCCACGCCAUCGUGUUCCUGCCCAGCUCUGACGGCAUGGAGAUGCUGCUCUGCUACGAGGACGAGGGCGUCUACGUGAACACCUACGGCCGCAUCAUCAAGGACGUGGUGCUGCAGUGGGGGGAGAUGCCCACCUCUGUCGCACAUAUCUGCUCCAAUCAGAUCAUGGGCUGGGGGGAGAAGGCCAUCGAGAUCCGCUCCGUGGAGACGGGGCACCUGGACGGUGUCUUCAUGCACAAGAGAGCCCAGAGACUCAAGUUUCUGUGUGAAAGAAAUGACAAGGUGUUCUUUGCCUCAGUGCGUUCUGGAGGCAGCAGCCAGGUAUAUUUCAUGACUCUGAACAGGAACUGCAUCAUGAACUGGUGAAGCAGAGGCCCCUGGGUUUGUGCGUCUGUCUUUGCUGUCAUUCGUGUGUCUGUCCGCCCCGGCCGAGAUAACUGACCCCUCGUCCCCACAUGCACACACUCACACACUAUCAGCGCCUGCUCCUCCGGCCUCUGGGUCCCCCACACACAUCUUACCCACACGAGGAGGGGUCAGGGAGCAAAGGGGGGAGGGGCAAACUGCUGUGUGAAAUGCACAAUUAUUGCUCCAGUUCUCCCCUGAGCUCUCCACAAAGCCAGUCUGUUUCAUGACCUGACUUCGGUGCAGUGUCUUAAUCUCUGAAGCAGCUGCCAGACACUUGCUGUCUGAUGCUGACACCCUGUCACUGACCGAUUUAUUUUCCCCACCCAACUUGAUCAACAGAUGGCCUAAAUUUUACAUAAAGCACAUACGCUGUAUAUAUCUGUGUACUGUUCCUCCAUCUCGUGGUGGAACUGUGUAACUACUUGAUUCACAGUUACAUAGUGCUAUUCUUAUUGUUUACAAGGUCUGAGGCCCACAGCAUAUUGCAGAUUGAAUUGUUCACGCUUAUCAAAAGUUAAGGAAAAUGGAAAAGUACUUAAGGCAACUCGCAGCCAGUAUUUUCAGAGGGGACAAGCUUUUUCUCAUACGGUUUGUCCCAACAGGGAGCUGAUUAGGUUUUAAGUAUGUUGUAGUGGGUCACACCCUGUUGGUGUGGAGUGUUGUAGCAAUACUGUAGUAAUUUCUCUGGAUUUUGGGAAACAGCUGAAGCUUCAAGAGGUUCAAACUCCACAGUGGAUGACUUUAUAUUUCUUUUUUUUUGUAACUGAAUGAAGAGUAUUACAUAGAGAGACUGUCAUAGAAAGGGGGCUUUCCCUAAGAAAGGAACAAAGUUAUUCACACAGGCUAGAAAAUGCUGGAGUAAGCUGUAUACUAUAGUAACGCAGGAAUCAUUCAGUGGUACUUUCUGUGCGAGCUGGACCAGUUCUUUUUGUUUAUUCCUUUUUUCAGUUCUAAGAGGAGAAAGUUGGUGUAAGAAGGCUUUUAAAAACAUUUUUUGUAGUUACAUUUUGUCUGUAAAUAUCUGAUAUUAUCUACUACACUAUAUCUGUAUUUGUUAUUAUUCGUUGUGAGUGUUCGUAGUUUUAAGAGGGUGUUCAUAUUUAGCUAUUUUACAGUGAGCUUCAGGGUUGAGGCGUGAGUGGUAGGGGCGUGGCAGGGAGCAGUGUGUGGUGUGAUGGAAAAGAAAGCAGAGCUGUGUUCAGUGUGUACGGCUGGAAGUGCUUUAGAUUAAAUGAUUUUCCACUUAGAUUCAGCCCUGCCCUCUGCUCAGCUUGUGUUUGUAGGGGACAUAUAUUUUUACCCGCUUCUUUUACAGUACGGUGUAUACUGUCGGGUGAGAUCUCUGAGGGCGUUCCAUGGGCGUUCCUUGAGGUGUUUUCAGGGGGUUUGGUGGGCUUUAUCCGUCUGUGGGAUGCAGUAACGGCCAGUUAAGCAAUAGGUGUGCGAUUCCUGAGCCUGCAUUGACACUGCACUGACUGGUCUGUAAUUUAUUACCGAUGAGAGGACAGCCAGCUCAUAUCAGUGGACUUUAAUGGCAUUUGGACCGAAACACUAACUCCUUUAUUUCAGAAUAAUUAUGAUUAAGCAUUGCAAGUGCUGGUGUAGGAGUAUAUAUGUGUACAUCUUUAUAUAUGUAUGUAUUGUUUUGUAAACCAAAGUUUUGUAGAUGGGUGGAAUAUCACGUAUACCUGAAUUUUUUUUUUUUUUAAUUGAUUUUAUUUAAUUUUUUUGAGGGGGAAGGGUGGGGAGGGAGAGAUUUUUUUAAAUAAGACAUUCUUUUAUCGUUUUUUUAUUGGCAAUAGAAUUGUGUCUAAACAGAAGCACUUGAAUCAAAGACGCAUAACUAUAGUGUCUAAAUAGCACAGAACGGAUUGUAAAAUGGCAUUGUCAGCACUUUUUCCAUUGCUAGCGUCUUACUUUUAUCCAUCCUGCUAAACACAGUAGAGGUUUUAGUGGCACAUAAAAGGUUAUCUCACUUUAACGUCCUGUCUGUCAGGUUUGCUUUUAUUUUCUGCUCCAGAUAUAUUUCUGGAUUCUGAAUGAGAUCACCACAGUGAACGACACGGCACGGCAAAUCAGAGGCAUUCUGUUCGAGCUCAACAUGGAGCUUUCUUUUCUAUAAUCGCCGUUUUGACAUUGUAGUACGUCAGUCAUGUCGCGGUAUUUUUCAUCCUAUUACUGGCCCACCGAUGACUGAUAAAAGGAAUGAUUGUUACCUUGAUUUCGUAAGACAAUUAAUCUCUCACAAAGAAUGGUUUCAUUUUCAAAAGAUCAGCUUUGCGUGGGCUUUAAUUUCUCUUCCAGGGCAUUUGUAAUGCACACUGCUGUACAUGGCUAGUUCUAACAUCAAUUUAAAUUCUCAAAACAUAGCAUGCUAUCAUCAGCACAGUUUAUCAAAACAUAUCCCGAAUGUAUUGGACAUGGUAAUGUGUUGGAAAUAUUUGGUAAACAACAGCACAGCCAUGUGUUCCAAUUUAAUACUGAUCUGUACAGUGAAUUGUACUGUUAAAACACAGCAGUAUAAAAGUGUCGUCAGUUAUAUAUGUAGCGGAUCUGGAACUCACAACUAUUAGUUAGCCAUGAUCGUUUGUGUUGAUUAAUUUCUCAAACUGCCAGGUUUAUAGUUAAUGCAGUGCCUUGGUGUGGGAGUGUCAAAAGUGCACCUUACCAGAAUGAUUUUAAUACUUUUAAUAUUAACGGUCAAUAAUUCAGCAAAUACAUGCCCAACGUUGUCAGGCUUUCCUUGGAUAGAGCACAUUUAUUGCAAAAUAAAUCUUAGUAAAUGAGGGGGGGGUUUCAAUAUCACAAAUAGAAUAAAUAGAACAGACUGUGGGAAAAGAGUCAGGCAAUAUCAAGACAUCAUUCAUUGCAUUAUUUCAGUGUGUUCGUUCUGCCAUGUCUGAAGUACUCAUUUUGUGUAUAGAUGUGUAUUAAUGCGUGUAAAAUAACCGACACAGCCAGCAGUGCUGGGACGCUGUGCUUUAGAAAGGGGCUGGCUCCUGUCGAAAAUGUACUGACAUACAGUAUUUGUUAUAGAGCAGCAUCCGGCCUGGCUGUGGCGAAGUGUCACUGAGUGUAAUACCCCUAUAUUAACAGCAGAGGGCGAUAUGCUGACUCAUACAUACUGUGCAACAUGCCACAGGCUAAUUUAUUGGGCGCGAGCAGUGUUUCUCAGCAAUGCUGGUGCAAACCAGAACUGAUCACAGAAACGUGUGGUUUGGUUUGGAUUUAGAGACGAGAACCCGAGGAAGCGGGACUGAGGCUGGGGAGGCAGUAAUUGUUGCAUGGAUAUUUAUCGCGCGAAACAUGGUUGAAACGGGACAGAGUUGAAAGAAGUAAAAUGGACUGACUGAUAUAGGAUGAGGAGUGCUAGAUCAUUUAAGGAGCUUGCGAGAGAUGGUGAGAGACAGGCAAUGUGUUCAGUUUCUUUCAAAAUUGAUUUUUUUUAUUAGUACUUUUUGGUCUUGGGAGAUUUAAGUUGGAUUGAAUAUGUUAAUUAAAACAGAUUUGUAUGAGACAACCUGUUUUUAGUAAGUUUAUAAAGAAUUUGAGCACAAAGUUUUUUAUGAAGCUCAGUGCGUUAAAUAUGGCUAUAUGCGAUGUACCUGAGGGAGGGAAUUUGAAUGUGUAGUUUUAGGAAUGCAUGAUGAGUAUGUGUGUAUGUUUGUGUGUGUGCGCUUUGGAAUGCAUAUUCCACUUGGAGAAUCCUGUUACCUGAUUAUGAUCAGUUAUAACUGCCCAAUUUUAUAUUUGGAUCUAUGAACAUAUCAACCCUGCAGGUGUUCACGUAGUCUUGGGGGUCAGUGUAUUGCUAAAAGUGGCAGGAAUUCUCCAGACUGCUGUGACUCCAGGUUAAACUAAUCGGGACCCUGUGACUUACCAGCUACAGAAUUCGCCAACAAAUUCAUUUAAAUUUGCUCGCAUCUCUUUUUAAUAAUACCAAAUCAUAGAACAUUAUUAUUUAACUUAAUCACAACUUAAUUGGUUUAUUUUACUUGUUUCCUAUUGUCUCUGAUUAGCUGCGGUGGUUCUAUGGUAGCUUCAUCAAAUAAAGGUGUGGGUCAUAGUGGAACCAUGUUGGUGAGUGUGUGUACCCCUUUUGAUUUGAUUUGAUCUUCCAAAACAAUGCUCCUAUAAUAAUAAUGCUAAAUGCUAUUUAAAGAAUGAUUUCGCUUGUGAACAGGCCUGAAAGUUGGAACAAAAAGGACUUAAGUGUAGUUUUCACUCCCCAUUGGCAAUCAUAUGGCACAUGAACACAUUGUUGGAAGAGUUUACCAAGCUGGGUCAUGCAGAGUUUUUUAAUAAACUAAACCUCUGUGAGAUGGACUUCAUUAAUGUAAUCUGUGGGUAAGGAGUCUGCCUGUUGGUCCCAGUGAAUGGGGGGAACUGAGAUUAAGGGCGGCCUUGGCAUAAUGAAUGUAAUCCAGCUUGUCUGUCAGUAGCCCAUCACUCUGAGCCCUUGUAUCCCAGAAUUCUCAGCUCCUAAUCUACUUUAUGCUUCUCAUUCAUAAACUUGUUAGAACAUAAC